CAAAUUUCGGACCAAAACCCUCAUUUUGCCCUCUUCAGACCAAACCUCUCUCUCUCUCUCUCUCUCUCUCUCUCUCUCUCUCUCUCUCUCUGUGCAAUCCAUACUCUACAGUUUUACAAUUUGCAAAGCUAUAAGGACAAUUGAAAUUGCAAUAAUCAUCACGUAGAGAUAUAGGGUUUGUUUCCCAGGUGUUUCAGAUCUUUCAAAGAAACAGAGAAUCGGAGUCAAUUUAGGGUUUCGAAGAUCAAGAAUGGAUAUUUCACAAGAAAUCGACGAUUACAUCAGAGAAUCGAUUGAGAACUCCCUUGGUCUCUCCGUAUCUACAAGCACGCUCGAGUUGAAGCUUCAAGCGUUUGAAGAAGCCCAACAGCGUCUUCGCGAUCAGUACUUGUACUUGCAGGCGAGAUUGAAUGAGAAAGACGAAAUCAUCGAGCGUGCUAGGGCCGAGUCAAGUAUGAAUGCACAGGCUUUGAAGAAGUUUGUUGAAGAGAAUCAGAAAUUGGCAGUGGAGUGUGCUAAUCUUUUGAGUCAGUGUAAGAGAUGGGAGAAGGAGUGUUCGUUGUACGAUCAUGAUCGAGAGGCGUUGAUGGAUUUUGGGAAUGAAGCCGAUGAGCGUGCGAAGGAAGCAGAGAUUCGUGUUCGUGAGUUGGAAGAGGAGUUGAGAAGGUUAUCAGAAGAAGUGCAGUUCUACAAGCAUCAAUGCCAGAUGCAAGCGGUUGAUACGCCUAUGGAGGGCACAUCUGAGGAACAGAUUUUACUUCAGUCGUUAGUGGCAACUUUGGUCGGCAAAGAUGAUGUUGAACCAACUGCGCAUGCUUUUUUAGAGGCAAAUAGCGGAGUAGAAGUUUGUCAAAAGUUGUUGAAGAUGUGGAAUAACUUGAGGCCAUCAUCCCAGAAAGUUCUGGCAGUAGCUGCUGAGUUCAAGAUGCUUCAGAAGGAUAAGGAGCAUUUAAGGAUUAACCUUCAUAGAGCCGAAGAGGAGGUCAAAUUGUUGUUUGAAGAAAAUAACCUAAUGAAUGAGGAGAAUAAAAGGUUGAGGAGACAGUUGCACAAAGAAAGACAGCACUCUGGUUCAGGUGGAAAGCAUACCAGCAGCACUUCUGCCAAGGGCAGCAAGCGAAAAUGUAGUGCCCAGAUGAGUAGCAGCCCAGUUGAGAGGAAAAUUGAUUUCAGUGACGUGGAUUCGCCAAGACCUCCUCUGUCACCCUUGCAACAUAAUUCCCCCGAGUCUAGAUUUUAUAAGAAGUAACGUGAAUUUUGUGAUCGAUCUGAUUCAUUUUUCAUCUUCUAACUUUGGUACUAGUAUCCAUGAUGGUGUGUUACCGUUACUUGGUAACUUGUAUGGUUACAUUUUUUUCUUCUUGAAAAUACAUAAUUUGUCAUCUGCAAGUGUUGCUAAGUUUGUCAUCUGAAAUGUUGAUGGCAUAUCCAUGAUGGUGUUGAUUAAAGCUACUUUCUAUAAACUAGUUUUGAGUCUUUGUGGAAUGAAAGUCUACCAAUCUAUUGUAUCAGUAACAUUUGGGCACUCUGUUCCCUCCUUUUCCUUUUCCCUACAAAAUGCAAUGUGAGUCUAUGACAGUA